AUGCAUGCCGUCCUUCCUGUCUUCGGUGUAGCUGGCCGAGCUUUCCCAGGCCGCUCACCCCGAGGUUUUCCCAGUUCCUGGUCCGAUUCUGAACCGCCAGCUAAGAGCGCAUUUCCCGCCGCUGUUCCCCGCGCUCUUUCCGCCUCGGACGCCGCCGCUGCCUCCAGUCCAGCCGUGCAACGCGGGGAGCUGCUCCGUAGUGGUUCGAGCUCUGCCACGUGCGGCGAUUUGAAUGCCGAGUUUCUGCAGCAGCAUGAUUGGAUGCAGCGAGCCGCGUGGAUGCGGUUGGCCACAGCGGGGGAUGCGGGCAAUGGCGCUGACGAUGCGGCUGCUGCUGACGCGGCGGAACGUGACUACAGUGGGCGGAGGGACGAUGAGAUUGGCGACGGGGAGAAAUGCGCGGCGACCGCGGACGACGACAGCGCUCUUGACGCGUCGAAUCGGACGGUCGAGGUCGAUCGGACUGAACAGAGUAAAACCGUCGAUCGUCGGAACGACGUGAGAGUAGCUAGCUCAGCAACGCGCUUCCUUCCGAAACCGCCGACGGCGUCAGGGACUAAUCCCGAAUCCGUUUCUAACGGGGACGAGGACCCUGCGUACUGGGUCGACAGCACGCAGACGUACCACAGCGUCGGUUGGAUCGGCAGCAACGAGCACCGCCACCACGAGACGCGUCACCGUGACGAGCGGUUCGCCACUGCUCGUGCUCCCGACGACACGUAUUUGAGAGCAUCCCACACGAGGCGUUCGUAUCUGCCACAUGAUGAGACCAACGCGGCAGGGUGGUUGGACGACAGGGAUCGCACGGCGGUAGAAUCGUGGGUGAACGACAGCCGUCGAUCGCUGGACGAGAUGUGGAUGGACAGCGCGCGAUCGCGCAUCCGCGACGCAGCGUUACAGCUGGUGGAGGCGCAGCAAGCGGCGCUGGAGCACAGUAGAGUAGCCUCAGCCAUGGAAGCCGCCAUGCUGGAGAGGCAGAAGAGCCUGGGGAGGAGCCCUGGGGGAAACGGGAUAGGCGGGAAAGUGAGGAAAAGUAUGCUCUCUUGGUCGCCUCCUGCCAAUGACUUGGGUUUGAGUAGGAGCUCGCGCAGCAGUCCGAUGCGCAGACUUGGUGGGGGAGGUUGGGGAGGGGGAGCAACUGGUGACAAUGUGGGGGUAGCUCGUAGUGGGGAUGGGCAUGACAUUGAAUUGGUGCCUGGAAGAGUUCGGAAGCUGUUUCAGUCAGAAACGGAUUCGGGAUUAGUCCCUGACGCCGUCGGCGGUUUCGGAAGGAAGCGCGUUGCUGAGCUAGCUACUCUCACGUCGUUCCGACGGUCGACGGUUUUACUCUGUUCAGUCCGAUCGACCUCGACCGUCCGAUUCGACGCGUCAAGAGCGCUGUCGUCGUCCGCGGUCGCCGCGCAUUUCUCCCCGUCGCCAAUCUCAUCGAUAACCUUGCCGAUGGCGCAAGCAGUGUCACUGGCAUCGGGGUUGUCGCUUGUUUCAGCUCCUCGUGCUUCCCUCCAGAGCUCCGUUGCUUUGCGAUCGGCUUGCUCCGUUCGUGUGCCUUCCGUCACCGCCACCCGCCUCCACAGCGAUGCUCAGCGGCGCGCAGUGACGUGUCAAGCCGUGGUCGUGGCUGCUGCUGACGGCGCUCCUGCCCCGCCUGCUUUUGGAAAGGGCAACAUCGUGCGGGUGGACAAGGAGAAAUAUCUCAACAGCGUAGAGUUCAAGGCAGUGGACCAUCCGCCCUUCUUCACGGGACUGGACUACAUUUACCAGGCCCGAGGCGAGAUCUUGGACCUGAAGGAAUUUGGCGGCAACCAGUAUGCACUGCUUUCUUGGGCUGGAGUGCCCACUCCUCCUGCAUGGCUUCCCACCAGCAUGCUCAUCAAGGCUCCCAAGCUGGAAUACGUGAGGACAUAA